AUGGUUACCCCAGCCCCCAUAUACAUUCUUGUAUCCGACCCCACAAAGAAUACCGACGGACCACACUCAGCCUCAGCUAACAAGACCCCUUCAUUUGCAAGAGACCAUUGUCCUCCCAGAUCGCCGUACUCCGAAUGGUGCGCCACCCACCUUCCCAAUGGCCCGGUUGAUGAUUCAGCGUUGCAAUUGUACAAAGAUGGCGACUACGGUGCUUACCUGGAUUUGGAAGCAUCUAUCAACGAACAGCAAGAGGAGUUCGAUAAUUUUAAUAUGAACUACAAGAAGCUAAUGAGGUCCGAAAUUACUAAUCGUGAUAUUCGACGAGGAUUUAGAUACGAUGUUCCUCUCUUACCGCCGUUAACCUUCUUGGAGAACUCCAUGCUCCAGAAGCUGGAUCUAGAAUGGGAGUGA